CCAAAGAGAACUGGGCUCAUUACGGGUGGAAACUCAAUUAGAACAGGGUUGGUGACGAUCCGGUCCGGUCCAAAAAUGAGUUUACCAAAUGUGGAAAAAAGAUACGACCCCAGAGACACCACGCUGAAAUUUGUCAACAGGCCUGAUGAUCUGGACCCACUGCCUCCAGAGGAAGGGGACGAGAAUAUGCGCGCGGAGAUGUCCUGCGGUCACGCGGUCACCCCGGAGUCUCUCACUGGGUGGUGUCGCAGCCUGCUGGAUCAGGGCCAGUACAAGUUCAAAUGUCCCGCUUUAACGGAGGGAACUCUGGUGAAGUGUGAUGCUGUCUGGUCUUACACAGAGGUGCGGCGCCUGGCGGUGCUGACAGCUGAAGAGAUGCAGCACUUUGAGGAGACCAUCGCUCGUAUGGCCGCCACUGAGUUCUGUGACUUCAAAGCUUGUCCUGGUUGUAAGACCUACAUUGAGAGGGAGGACCUGACAAAUCUCUGUGUGCAGUGCACAGUGUGCACAUCUGACAAUGAUGAGGAGUUCCUGUUCUGCUGGCAGUGUUUUAAGCCAUGGAAAGGGAGGGCUCCCCGCUCUGAUUGUUGUGACAAUGAGGGCUGCAUCAACCAAGAUGUAGAGCUGCUCAGGACCUGCAAAACCACCAUCCUCUCUCAAGUGGAGGGGGUGGGGCCUUGCCCCUCCAUUCGGGCCUGUCCCACCUGUGGUCAGAAAACGGAGCACGACACGACUGGCUGCAAGAACGUCAUCUGUACUCGCUGCCAGGUGGAGUUCUGCUUCGUGUGUCUGAAAAAGACUGCCGAUUGUCUGAAGACGAGCUCUUACUUCAUCCCGUGCAGUGAAGGCAUCGCCCCCCGACAAACAUCCAUCCCUGUGUGGCACAGAGGCUGAACACACCUGAGAUUUAAAAAAUUCUGCCAAUACAUAAACAUUUAUUUGAAUACAUUUUCUUGGCGAGCUUGUUAUUAUAACCACAAAAAGUUAAUAAAUUGUGGCAAUUUUGGGA